AUGGAACAAUGUCAUAAGAGGCGGUAUACCAGUAUGAAUGAAUCAUCAACAACCAAUAAUAAUAAUAAUGAUAACAUAUUAUCUAACACAGAUGACAAGGACGAAAAAUCCGAUAAUUAUUUAGGCACCACUCCACAAGAGACCUUGCAAUGGUUAAAUAUCCAUCAAUCUACUAAAUUACCUAACCAUAAAGUCAUGUUUCCUUGGUUACAUGGUUAUUCUAUGAGUUCUCCUCCAAAUUAUCCCGAUGCUAUUUCAAUAAUAAGAUCGAUCCCAAUCCAAUCUACUCACCAUGAUAAUAUCCAAUCGCAAUAUUUGACUGAUACUGGUAUACUAAAGAACUCUUUGGACCCAAUAGAUUUCUUCAUUACUUGGAAUGAUCAAAUUAGGUAUGAUGCAUUAAAGAAUAAUACUAUUGAUAAUAAUCUUGACAAAGACACGAUAAGUACUCAACAAACUAUAUUGGAAGAGAUAUUUGAUUCUGAAAUUAACAAAUUCUCAAUUAAACUAUAUGCUGUAUCGAAUUCAGAAUAUAAAAAAAGAUUAAUUGAAUUAUGUAGAUUCCACAAAAUCCUACCAUUUUUAAAGACCGAUCCAUAUGCAUGGAAUAAAUAUUGUAUGCAAACUAAUGUCAGAAUAUCUACUAAUAAUUAUUCUCACACAUACACACACACACAUAAUUACCAACAUCAAAACGUAAGAGUAACUGGUUACCAUAGUCCGACUACUACCAAAAAUUUUCAGUCUCAAAAUUUUAGAAGAUUUGAUUUACAACCAUCUAAAAUGAUUGAAUUAUCUUCAAAAUUAGUAAUUUAUUGUCUAAAUAAGACUAAUACAUCGGCUUCCCUGUUACACGAUGUUUCAUGUUCAUUUUGUCAAGAUUUAUUAAAUUUAUUGAAAUUAGCUUUAACUUUUAUUGAAUUUAGCUAUCAAAUAUUAGAUAGAAAUAUUGAUACCAUCAAAAAUAGUAACACUAAUAAUGAUAAUAAUAACAAACUAAAUGAAGUUGGUAACAAUCCCUUUAUUAAUGUUAAUAACAGACACAAAUUUUUUAUAUUAGAAACUCAAAAUCUUCAAAAUGAUUCUCUUACUGAGCUAAUUGGCACACCACCUCUAUUAUCAGACUCAGAAUGUAUCAGUAAUAAAGAUUCCACAAUGAUAAAACCAUUGGCUACUAAAUAUGAUGUUAUAACCUUUAAUAAUUGGUAUACAAACUUCCAUUACCAUGAACGGAUAGAAAUGCAUAAAAUGUCUUCAGCUACUGUAAUAGAUGAUCAAAAUAAAGUAUGGUGUGGUAACAUAUCUGAUUAUCAAAUUUUAUUGAACAAAUUUAAACAAAUUGAUCUAUAUUCAAAUAUAAAUCCAAGCACAGUUAAACACGGGCCUUAUUAUUCCCCAUUAAACUCUACAGUUAUUAAUAUUCCUUAUUUGCAAUUUGAUCCUCAGAAUCCUUCAUUUAAUGAUAAAUUUUUAUUCAAUAUAAUGUAUAUGGCUCCAUCUUUAAAUACAAGAUUAAUAAUUAAUUGUUCGGAUCAGUAUGACCUACCAAACAUUGAUAGAUUGUGGAUUGAAUAUGAAACUAUUUUGACAGAUAGUAAUAAAGUUCAUGCAAAUCAUAACAUACUGCAGAAAUCAUCACACAAUUAUUUAACUAUUCAUUUUCCAUCAUCUGGAUCUAUCGGUUUGGGUAAUUUAAAUAUAAAUUCAGUCGAAACUAUUUUAAAUAUUUGUUUUCUUAUGUGGCAAGUGUCUAAUUUAACACCAGACGAAGUAUUGUUAUACUGUAAUGAUGGUUACACGGAAACAACGUUUCUAACAGUAGCAUAUCUAAUAUUUUGCUGGGAUCUAUCUUUGCAAGAUGUCAUAUAUAGAUUACAUUCGAUUAAAGAUAGACCAUUUUUCUUAUUUCAAGUAGAUAUGCAAGUGCUUGGCCAUUUGCAGAGUUUACUAAGAAGCUUUAGUCCUCAAAGAACAGCGAAUCAAAAAUAUUUUCACAAUGGAUUAAGCUUGCCCCUGCCCAAAUUAAAAAUUGAUCCUGAAAUGUUUAGUUCAAUUUUUCUGGUUAGAUUACCAGAAUUGAAUAAAUUUGUUAAAUUAAAUGGUCCUUUACCAUCAAGGAUUUUACCACAUAUGUAUCUCGGUUCUUUGGUACAUGCCCAGAAUCCCGAAUUAUUGAAUAGACUAGGGAUUACACAUAUAGUAUCUGUAGGUGAAAAUUUAUCAUGGGUAUCUGCUAGUGUACUUAAUAGCCCAGAUAGCAAUAUAUUAAAAAACGUGUCUUCGUUCUCCACUUUUCCAUCCUCCUCAUCCUUAACAAUACCAUCUUUGUCACAUACAAGUUCAACGUCACAUUCGAAGAUAUCAUAUGAGUCUGAUAAUGUUAAUUGUAAUGAUGACCGAAAAAAUUCAAGCAAUACUACAAAUAAUGAUUCUGAUAAUAAUAGUAAUAAGAAGAUUUCAUCCAAUAUGACAGAUCCCUUACUAUUUCAAAUUAUUGAACAAGAUGGAUUUAAAAUUUGCAAGAUCAAUAAUCUACAAGAUAACGGCAGAGACCCAUUAACUGGACGUGGACAAUUAAACAAGGUAUUGGAUUUUAUAGAUGAGUGUGAACGUUCAGGUGGAAAAGUGCUGGUGCAUUGUAUGGUUGGUGUGUCAAGAUCUGCAACUGUAUGUAUUGCAGAAUGUAUGAAACGAUUAAAAAUAGAUUUAUUAAGAGCAUACUUAUACGUUAGAGUCAGAAGACUAAAUAUUAUCAUUCAACCAAAUUUAAUGUUUAUGUAUGAAUUAUUAAAGUGGCAAGAGACCUUAAUUGGUGUACCUCGUACCAUUGAUUGGCAUAUAAUAUGUAAAGCUAUUGCAGAAUUAAACAAGAAGUAUAUGUGA